AAGCGUCAUCGUGUACCCAUUUGCGUAGGUCGUUGGGUGUGCGUGUAAGUUUAAGCGGUGGAUCGUGUCUAAGAGAUGUUGCUGUUUUGCUUUGCGCUCGAUGGGUGUUGUGGGUAAGCAAGCAGAAUCGGGUAAAGCGGCCUCGCUUAGAAGCAACGGAACAGGGCAAAAAGUCAACAGGAACAGGAUUAGCGUCAGGGACUUAGGGGGGAAACCAUCGCACGCACAACGGACCGACAGGGAUCAGGGAUUUUCAACACGAACAAAAAGGUCCCCCCGUCGCCCAAUACCAGUCACUUCAUCAUGUCCAACGCGUCGGGAAGUAACAACAACACCAAAGACAAGAUAUACAAAACAUUCAUCUCCACAAGAAAAUAAUACCGUUAGAAAAUAAAUCCAAAUAAUAUAUAGUUUUUGUAGAUAUGCCGAGACUUGUGAUAAAAAAAAACUUUUCCAUGUUCUUUCCCUUUUCCUUUUCCUCGCCGUACCAUGGUCCCUCGGUCGUC